AUGAGCGCAUCCUCAAGCUUGGUUCGCAAUGCGGCUGCCCGGACUUCGGUUUUGAGUGCUGCUCGUGCUUUCCCUAGAUCCUCGUUUGGCCCCUCGUCGGCGUACACGGCCUAUCUUCGUCGCAAUGGCCGCAACCUCCCAAGCCAGAUGACUGCGCUGGCCAUCCUCGUCCCCCACUCCAGAUAUGCGUCAACCGAUACGCACACAACCACAACCGCAACCACAUCGGGUGGUCCGCCACCAGGCUUCAAUGCCGACCAGGCCAAGAAGCCACUCCCGGCUGGCAGCGCCAAGCCCACGUCAAAAAUGCUUGAUAAGGCAUCGGACGCCGUCGAAAACAAGGGCGAUAUCGACUCUGUGUCGAGGACCUCACCGACUGCGGUGCCCAAGACUGAUUCGGUCGAGGCGCUGACUCUCUCCGAGCUCGCAGGCGAAAAGGAGAAGUCCAUCGACACGUCGGAGGUGAAGAAGCAGGAGAAGAAGUUGACCCUGGGUCAGAAGAUCAAGAAGGAGCUCGCACAUUACUGGGAUGGAACGAAGCUGCUGGCAACGGAGGUCAAGAUCAGUACUCGUUUGGCGAUGAAGAUGGCGGCUGGUUACGAGCUCAGUCGCAGGGAGAACAGGCAGUUGAAGCGCACAGUGCAAGAUCUUGGCCGUCUAGUGCCAUUUUCGGUCUUCCUCAUCGUGCCUUUCGCCGAGUUACUCCUUCCGGUCGCUCUGAGGAUCUUCCCCAACAUGCUUCCGAGCACGUACGAGGGCCAGAAGUCAAAGGACACCAAGAUGUCCAAUCUGAGGGCCACGAGGAAGGAGGUCAGCACCUUCCUCAGCGACACCCUGAAGGAGACCGGGCUUCCGUUGAACUCGGCUAUAGCGCAGCGUGACGAGUUCUCUGAAUUCUUCCGGAAGGUUCGCGCCACCGGCGAGACGCCAACAGCAGCAGACGUGAUCAAGGUGUGCAAGAUCUUCAAGGACGACUUGACCCUUGACAACUUGUCCCGCCCACAACUGGUCGGCAUGUGCCGAUACAUGAACCUGAACACAUUCGGCACGGACAUGAUGCUUCGUUACCAGGUCCGCCACCGGAUGCGCCAGAUCAAGAGAGACGAUAGAGCGAUCAGCUUCGAGGGCGUCGAGAGCCUCUCAGUGCCAGAACUCCAGACUGCCUGCGCGAGCCGUGGAAUUCGCACUCAUGGCGUGUCUCCCGGCCGCCUACGUGACGACCUCGAAUCCUGGUUGGAGCUACGUCUCAAGUACGGCGUUCCCUCGACCCUCUUGGUCCUGAGCAACGCCUUCAUGUACGCCCAGGGACAGGAUUCGGAGAUCAGUAGCCAAAUUGACGCCCUCACCGGUGUCCUGUCCUCUAUCCCCGAGGAGCUCUUCCACGAGAUCGAGCUUGAAGUCCACAACGCUGAGGGCGCUGCGACUAACAAGCAGCGUCUUGAGGUCCUGAAGGAGCAGCAAGAACUGAUUGAGGACGAGAACGAACAGGAUGAGGAGAACAAGGAGUCUGGCCUCGCCACCCCUCGCGAUCACGAGAACAUCGAUGAGGAGGAGCAGCGCCGCGCGGAUGCGGUGGCUAACGGCAAGGACACGGAUCAAGUCGCUGAGGCGAUCGAUGUGGAGAAGGACCAGAACAUGGCCAAGUCCGUUGAUGAGGACGCUGCUAAGAAAGGGAAGAAGGAGUGA